CACGUUCUCCGCUAGAGAUACACUUCGCGACACACCCAAGAGGUAUAAUCUCACGAUCUCGAUCGUUCCUACUAUUUCAUUCUCGUGUAACUCCUCUGGACAUUGAUUCGUUCACCGCUCAAUCUUGUGACCCUCGCUUAACGGCGUCGUCAGCUUUGCCGAGAUUGACAAGCACCCCAGGCAUUCUCGCUUCUGGUGGUCAAGGUACCAGCACAAACGGUAUUGUCCCCUUAUCGGUCGUUGCAGGGUACCUGGUGGGCAAGCGAAUUCCAGUUACCAUAAGUUCAGCUCAUUCCCCACGGUGGCAAGGAUGGCAACAUUAGAGAGUCCGGACCAUUCUGGUCCUCAUGUGGGCUCGCAUCAGAGGACGUCACAAGAGAUGACGGAUGCAUACAAACAUGGCAUUAUCCUGGAGAGCGAAUUUCGCGUAUUGGAGCUUCUUCCAGGUGAAGAAGAAGAUGAGAUUAUCUGUGAGCUGCGCACUGAGCCGCUACGUAUACAGGACCGCAAGGAGGCCAACGUUCAUUACGAAGCAUUGUCCUACACUUGGGGCUUUCCUGCUCCAACGAGGCAAAUUGUCUGCUCUGGGAAGACAUUCAAUGUCAGACUGAAUCUCUACCAAGCAUUAAAACGCAUCCGUCGCAAGGAUAAAAGGCGCCGACUUUGGGUUGAUGCUAUUUGUAUCAACCAGUUCGACAUCGUGGAGAGGAACCAGCACGUUCAGCGAAUGGACGUUGUAUUUGCCAGCGCGGAGAGAGUAUUAGUGUGGCUGGGCGAGGAGAAUCGCGAGGAAGGGGAGGGAGUGCUGGACGUCCUUCCAACAUGGCUGGCAAAGUAUCCUCCACACAUCGAUUGGCAUGCAGCCAAUAUUAUGUGGGACGACUCUUCCUUCUCAUUCUCGUUCUCAUCUCAUGGACUGAGUGGAGAAGCUUUCGAGUGGCUAUCGUAUCAACAGACUAACUUGAUGCACCUUUUGCAUUUCUUCGCCCGUCGAUGGUGGACUCGCAAAUGGGUGAUUCAGGAGAUUGUUCAAGCAAAGGAGGCUCUUUUGAUUUGCGGAAAGGAGCAAAAAAGCUGGGCAAGUAUCAGCAACUAUCUCAACGCUGAUCAGGACAAGUUCUCAUUAUGGCAUGACAGCCUUGCUCGAGUCUACAACAACCACCCGGACAAAGCCUUCGUGAAUUGCGCGAACGAUGGUAUUUUCCACUCAAGGCAGUUGGCCCGCAUGGCGGCUAAUUUUGACGGCCCGGAAGCGCUGAAUCUGUGGGACGUGGUGUACGAGACAAAUGAUUUCAAAUGCACAGAGCAGAGAGAUAAUCUAUAUUCUCUAUUCGCCAUUGCCGCAGAUGUUCGGAACAGCACAGAAACGGAUUUACUGCAGGUUGAUUACUCUGACUCCAUUUCGACAGUGUCGGUGAACUACUGUUGCUGGCUCAUAGAGAAUGAUCCGUAUUCUUUAAUUUGCCUUCGCACAGUGCCGGGGAGCAGAGGUUGCAGCGAGGCCGUGCCUUCCUGGACUCCCAACAUAGUGCCCGUCGGGUGGAUGCAACGGCCUGACUUGCGUCGCCCUCUUUCUACGCUAUGUUACAAUGCUGGAUGUCUAGAGAAGAAUUCAAAACCCUCGUGGACUUUGAGACGAGAUAACUACCACUUGUUGAUCAAAGGCAUCAUCACAGAGACCAUAACGAAUGUUCUUCCCCCACCUUAUAUCGAUAUCACAAGCUUUGGUUGGCUCCAUUUUGGUAAAGGCCACGCUGUUUGGUUAAGGAAAUGUCACGACACCAUCAAAAGUAUCAUUACUACACCGGAACAGGUGGAUUAUCUUAUGUAUCAGCUUCUCACAUGUGGUGGGGAGAGAGCUCAUAGCCUUUAUACCCGAGACUGGCAUUCACCAACAGUCGAGACCUGCCGCCGAUGGCUGGAUGUCGUAUUUGAUGAGUCUUCCACUAAUGACCCUAAUGUUUAUGCAGACUCCGAUUUGAGUGCUAUGACUGCUUCGAUUGUUUAUGCUAAGUGGCGCCAAUUCUGUGUGACCUCCGAGGGCCGCUUUGGUUGGGUCCCAGCAGCCACGCAGAUUGGAGACAAAAUCUGCGUGCUGCUUGGAGGUAAGGUGCCACUUGCAAUUAGCGACUGCGGUCAUGGACAUCAUAAUCUUAUGGGCGAGGCUUAUGUCCAUGGGAUCAUGGAUGGCGAGACCAUUGGCUCUGGUUUGCCAGUGGAAAUGAUCGAACUGUGUUAAGUUGCUAAGUCUUCCCUUGCUCUUGUCCUUAUAUCUUACGACUAUUUAUGAGAGAUU